ACACUCAAGAAGCAUCAGGGGAAAAGAGUAGUGUAAAAAACAAGUUGACGUUUACGAUCGUUGUUUUUGUUUAUCAGUUUGUUUGUUUAUAUUGAUUCCGGCCAACCAGCGCUGUCGUAUUCUGCAUCCGAGGCCCAAGCACUCCAAGUUCAUAAAAGGAACCCCUCAUCACACUUUUCGAGCUCACUUCAUUCUCGACCCACGCACUUUGCUGGUCUUUCCUCCACAAUCUCGCCUCUAAGCCCUUAAUACAUAUCGCAUAACAAUGUCUGGCCGUGGCAAAGGUGGUAAGGGUCUCGGAAAGGGUGGUGCUAAGCGUCACCGCAAGAUUCUUCGGGAUAACAUUCAGGGCAUUACCAAGCCCGCAAUUCGCCGUCUCGCCCGCCGUGGUGGUGUCAAACGUAUCAGUGGUUUAAUCUAUGAAGAGACGCGUGGGGUGCUCAAGAUCUUCCUUGAGAAUGUCAUUCGCGAUUCGGUAACGUACACUGAACAUGCCAAGCGUAAGACGGUCACAGCCCUCGAUGUUGUCUAUGCUCUGAAACGAUCAGGGAAGACAUUAUAUGGUUUUGGUGCCUGAUUCCUUUCUCAUUUGGAUUGUCAUUAUCUUAUUUGUACUUGUAUCUGGGACUAACUAUUCUUCCCACCUUGAAAUAUCCAUUACAGUAUUUCACACACUGAGAAACUCCGUGAAGUACAUUAAUUCACACGUGAAUGGGUUUCCACCCUUCAAUGGUUACUGUACAUGACCAACUACUGCUUUGUCAAAAUUAGCGUGACACAAUUUUGCCGGAUGAUGAAUCGCAAAGGCAUUUUAGUUGGGGGUGGGCAAUGUAGGUUGGUUCCGUGUUCUGCUUAUGUAAUCACAUGGAGCAGAAAAGUGUACCAAAAAUGUCUCGUGAACUUUCUCACCACACACAACAAAUAAA